AGCGUUUAUGUACAUAUGUAAUUGCAAGUGUCCCAUUUUGCAAUUACAUUUCUAUAUGCACAUACAUAUAUGAAGGUGUUUUGCCGUCUGAUAAGACAGAUGUGCCACCCCAAAACACCAAAAGAAAAAAAAAACAGGAACAAGAAAAUGCACCCGAUGAAUAAUAUGCAACCGCAAUAACAACAAUAACCCGUGUGCUUGCGUGUGUGUGUGUGUGUGUAGCUAUUGAAAAAAAAUAAUGCUGCAAAAAGUGUAAUAAAAAACAACCAUUUUCUGUAUUCUGUACAAUUCGCGGGCGUAUGUGUGUGUGUGCCAUUGUUUGGCAAGGUUUUUUUUUAAGUAUAUAUAUUAACCUCUUCCAAGUGAUUCGGAAACAAUUUCCAAUUUCCUGUCGCCAUCGCUCUGCGGCUCGGCUUCUUCUUCUUCGAUUAACCCAUUGCUGACAGUUUGAAGUGAAUUUUCCUACGCGGCAUUUGUUAGGGUUGAUUUUCACCACGUGGUGAGCGGAUAGACACGAGAUAAUAGCAAAUCAUCACCAGAAAUCGGAUCGAUCCAGAAGAGAAUAGCGACCAGCACGGGCAACAUGACGGAUGUACAGAGCAUCCACAUACAAAAUGGUGGCAGCUGCGAGGUGGUUCAGUCCAACGGGGUGACCACCAAUGGACACGGACACCACCACCAUCACCACAGCAGCGGGAGCAGCAGCAAGCAUAAAUCCUCCAGCAAGGACAAGCACCGUGAUAAGGAGAGGGAGCACAAGAGCUCCAGUUCCUCCAGCUCGUCGAAGGAGCACAAGAGCAGCAGUCGCGACAAGGAUCGACACAAAAGCAGCAGCAGUUCGUCGUCGAAGCAUCGGGACAAGGACAAGGAGCGUGACGGCAGCAGCAACUCGCAUCGCAGCAGCUCAUCAUCCAGCCACAGGGAUAAGGAUGGGAGCAGCAGCAAGCACAAGUCCUCGUCGUCGUCUGGCCACCACAAGAGCUCCUCAAAGGACAAGGAGCGACGGGAUAAGGACAAGGAUCGCAGCAGCAGUUCAUCCAGCCGGCACAAGUCAUCCUCGUCUAGUUCCCGUGACAAAGAACGCAGCAGCAGCAGUCACAAGAGCUCCUCUUCAUCCUCAUCGAAGAGCAAACAUUCCAGUUCGCGGCACAGCAGCUCAUCAUCUUCCUCGAAAGAUCCGCCAUCUUACGAUGGAGUGUUUGUUAAGCCGGAGCCUGUUUCCCAAACGCUGAUGCACUCGGGCCCGGUGGAUCCUUUCCAGCAGCAGCAGUUUGGUGGCUACGAAGCCGCAACCGCUGCCACUUUUAAUGGCAAUGGAAACGAUGGCGGCCUCAACUAUAAGAACGGCUACGAAGAAUCGAUCGUAGACAUCAAAAAGGAGGACGAGAGUUUUAACAAUCUAUCGCAAGCCAGCUCCUGCGACUACUCCAUGUCCCAGUUUCGCGCCGAUGAGCCGCCGUUCGAGGUGAAGCAAGAGCAGAGCUACGUCGAAGAGGACAGCACCAUGAACUACAAUGAUCAGGAAGAUGAGCCCGACGAGAUGGACGACGACGAGGAGGAUGUGCCGCUGGCCAUGCGGAAGCGCAAACAGGAGGCACCCGAUCACGGUGACGGCGGCAUGGAUGACGACGACAUUCCGCUGUUGGCGCGCAAGAAGGUCAAGAAGGAGAAGAUCAAGAAGGAAUCUAAGGAAAAGUCUAAGAAGCGGGUCAAGGAGGAGCCGAGCGAUGAUUACGGCAGUGCCAAGCCGAAAAAGAAAAAAUUGAAAAAGGAGCCCGAAGUCGUCUCCCCCACCAAACGGCAGAAGACGAAGGUGAAGGAGGAGGAGGAGGAGGUGUGGCGAUGGUGGGAGGAGGAGAAGCGUGCCGAUGGCGUCAAGUGGUCAACGCUGGAGCACAAGGGACCCGUGUUCGCACCGCGGUACGAACGGGUGCCACGCAAUGUACGGUUCUACUACGAUGGCAAGCCGUUGGAACUCUCGGAGGAAACGGAGGAGGCGGCCACCUUCUAUGCCAAGAUGUUGAACCACGACUACUGCACCAAAGAAGUGUUCAAUAACAACUUCUUCAAGGACUUUCGCAAAUCCAUGACGUCCAAGGAGAGGGAAAUAAUCAAGGAUUUCCGCAAGUGCGGCUUCCAGGAGAUGUUCAACUUCUUCCAGGCGGAGUCCGAAAAACGCAAAGCAGCCACCAAGGAGGAGAAGCUGAUCAAGAAGAACGAAAACGAGGCACUGAUGAAGGAAUUCGGAUUCUGCAUGAUUGACGGGCACAAGGAGAAGAUCGGUAACUUCCGUCUGGAGCCGCCGGGUCUGUUCCGCGGCCGUGGCGAGCAUCCCAAAAUGGGCAUGAUCAAGCGGCGCAUUCAGGCCAGCGAUGUGUCCAUCAACUGUGGCAAGGAGUCGAAGGUGCCGUCACCGCCGCCCGGAUCUCGCUGGAAGGAGGUGCGACACGACAACACGGUCACCUGGUUGGCCUCCUGGAUCGAGAACGUGCAGGGUCAGGUCAAGUACAUCAUGUUGAAUCCCUCCUCAAAACUCAAGGGCGAAAAGGAUCACAUUAAGUACGAGACGGCGCGACGCCUGGACAAGGUCAUCGAUAAGAUUCGUGCCACCUAUCGAGACGAGUGGAAGUCCAAGGAGAUGAGGGUUCGCCAGCGAGCGGUGGCCCUCUACUUCAUCGACAAACUGGCACUGAGAGCAGGCAACGAAAAGGACGAGGAUCAGGCCGAUACCGUGGGCUGUUGCUCGCUCCGCGUGGAACAUGUCCAGCUCCAUAAGGAACUGAACGGAAAGGAGAAUGUGGUGGUCUUUGAUUUCCCCGGUAAGGACUCCAUUCGGUAUUACAACGAGGUCGAGGUGGAGAAGCGCGUCUUCAAGAACCUCGAGCUGUUCAUGGAGCACAAGAAGGAUGGCGACGACCUCUUCGAUCGACUCAACACCCAGGUGCUUAAUGAGCAUCUCAAGGAGCUGAUGGAAGGACUCACGGCCAAGGUAUUCCGUACGUACAACGCUUCAAAAACACUGCAAAGCCAGCUGGAUCUGUUGACCGAUCCGAGUGCCACGGUUCCGGAAAAGCUGUUGGCCUACAAUCGCGCCAACCGUGCCGUGGCCAUCCUCUGUAACCAUCAGCGCUCCGUGCCCAAAAGCCACGAAAAGUCUAUGGAGAAUCUGAAGGAGAAGAUCAAGGCCAAGCGAGAAGCCAUCAAAAAAUGCGAGGCCGAAUAUCAUUCGAGGGACGAAAAGAAGGGCAAACAGCUGGAGCGCCUAAAGGAUCAGCUGAAGAAACUAGAACUACAAGAGACUGAUAGAGACGAGAAUAAGACCAUUGCCCUGGGCACAUCUAAGCUAAACUAUCUUGAUCCACGCAUAUCGGUGGCUUGGUGUAAAAAGAAUGACGUGCCGAUCGAGAAGAUAUUUAACAAAACGCAAAGAACCAAAUUUCUGUGGGCCGUGCACAUGGCCGAUGAGAAUUAUCGUUUUUAAAUGGGUUCUCCUCACAGCCACGCCUAGACACAAACACACACGUACGCACCUCCCCUCCCCCAUAUACAUACACAAACAGAAACACACACAAGGAGCACAGACAGCGCCGGUUGAAGAAGUAGAGACCGCUAAGGAGAAAAAAAACCACACCCACCACAAGGCCGGUUUAUAGAUUCCAGGCUAGUCCCGCCAUUCCUUGCCCCAUAGUUUAUGCAAUAGGUAGUGCAUAUGUCCAGCUUUCGGGCGAGGCAUUUCGGGAUUGUUCGCCAAAAUGAGCGAGACGGGAUGCGGAUGCACUGCACCGUAGUCGGGGAUCAGCUUGUCCGCGUCUGUUUUGUCUGUUUUUUUAGAUCGUUUGAUUGGUUCAAGUGCGCACUACGCUAAAGUCUAACUUGCGAAAUGUACACACCCAACAUACACACACGCUCCCACUUCUAUUUUGAUAUGCAUAUAUAUAUUUAUAUAUUAAAUAAAAAAAAAGAUAAGAAACCUGUGCAAGACGUCGCCGCCACCUAAAAACAAAAUUAAGAACAUAAUUUUCUGUUUCUAUAAAGCAAUUUUUUUUGUCAAGAUGACUUCUCUUACACUUUAGUUUUACAUAUAAUGCACGCGAAAAAAAAAACUAUAUAUAAAAGCAAAAAACAAACAAGCGCAAGCAAACGAGAAAUGAUACAAUUUAACGUUUUUUUUAUGUUUACCUAUAGUUGAUUUUGUUUAGCGAAAAAUGUCUUUCACUAUUAAUUAAUAUUACGAUUACGAUUACUACGUAUUUAAGUGCAAACUGAACAGAGAAACCUUGUAGCCCAACUUUUAGCAUAGCAUAAUUUAUUCAAUUCAACUCUGAACCAGCGCAAUUUACCGCCCGCCCCGAAAGUGGAGAACAAAACCGCAUGGAUGUCGAUGUGGUUUCGUUUUGUACCUUAUGAUGAUUUUAGUUAACAUUUAUAAAUAUACAAAUGCUAAAUUGA